AUGAAAAGCUUCUAUAAUUUACUGCUUCUAUCUUUCAUCAUAUCAUAAUGUCUAGCAUUAUAUGAUGCCGAUUCAAAAGUGAUUAAACUUACUAAUGAUAAUUUCAAAUAAUUAGUUCUAGAUUCUGGAGAACCUUGGUUAGUAGAAUUCUAUGCACCUUGGUGUGGUCAUUGCAAGGCUUUAGCUCCAGAAUAUAAUAAGGCUGCUAAAGCUUUGGAUGGAAUCAUUAAAAUUGGUGCAUUAGAUAUGACUACAGAUGGAGAUGCUGGAAAACCUUAUGGAGUUAAUAGUUAUCCAACAAUUAAAUUCUUUGGAGUUAAUAAAGCAGAUCCUAUAGCAUUUGAAGGAGAAAGAAAGAAAAAUGCUAUAGUAGAUUAUCUUUUAGAUAGAGCUAGAGAAAUUGCUCUAAAUAGAUUAGGAGUUGAAAUUAAACCAUAACCAUCAAAUGAUGAUUCAAAGGUAGUUGUUCUAACAGAUUCUAAUUUUGAUGAAUAAGUACUCAAAAGUUAAGAACCUUGGUUUGUUGAAUUUUAUGCACCUUGGUGUGGACAUUGUAAAUAACUUUAACCAGAAUGGAAUAAAUUGUCUCAUUAAGCUGAUAUUCCAAUUGCUAAAGUAGAUGCUACAGCUUAGACUGAAUUGGCUAAAAGAUUUAAUAUUGAAUCUUAUCCAACAAUUUACUUUUUCCCAGCUGGAAAUAAAUAGGAUACUCAUAAAAAGUAUGAAGGAGAAAGAAAUUUAGAAUCAUUGUUAAAAUUUAUAAAAGAUUAAAAACCUGUUAAUGGAUAAUAAGUUAUUACAGAUGUUAUUUAAAUUAAUUCUGAUGAAAAAUUAAAUCAAAUUUGUCAAAGUAUAUUUUCCAUCAAUUUAAUUUAAGCCCUUUGUGUUUUAGGAUUCUUACCAAAUGACAAUAAAGAAUAAGAAGAUGCACUUUAGAUUUUUAAGAAAGUAAUAUUUUUAUAUUAUUCUAUAGACUGCAUUAUCUUUGACAGGGAGAGCUAAUCUAGGUUGGUUUGUUGGUGAAUAAUAUGAUGAUUUUGAAGCUGAGUUGAGUGUUAUUGGAGAAGGGUAUUUUUAUAUACUAUAUUUAGAUAUCCCUAAGUCGUUGCUGUAGAUUUUACAUCAAAAAAAUACUAUAGAUUCAAAAAAUAAUUAACAGUUGAUAAUCUAAAUGAAUUUGUUAGAGGUGUAAUUAAGAAAACUGAAUCUGGUUAGUCAUUCUCUAGUUUACCAAAAUUAAAUAUUUAGAAAUCAGAUUUAUGA